GAUAACAUGCCCCACACUUUGUGGAUCUGGAACGUAGUCACACUAAAACUUUAUGCUGUCCUCAUACAAACUUCUCCAAUAAAAGGUGAAUGAUUUUACCACUAUUUAAACACCAUUUUCUGUCCCCUUUCAUAUCCACCGUCAGUUCUUUGAUUAUUAGAUCUUCUUUUACCAAUCGUCCAUCGAUCAUUUCUUUGGUUACCCUUGUACUCUUUUCCCCUAUACACCCAGUUCCAUAACAUCUCUGACCGACUCUUCUUCAUUUCAGUUUCAUUGCAUGUCCAUGUGAUCUUAGCUUUGAUCUCUCACCCUCUCUACAAUAUUUACCAUCCCACAUCUCCUUCCUAUCUUUCUAUUUCAUAAUAGCUCUGAGCAGGUCUCCUUCAUCUCUUCUUAUUACGUUUCCAUACCAUCUUAGUCUAGCUUUUCUCGUCAUCUUUCCAAUGUUUACCACCCUACAUCUUCCUUUCUUUCCAUUCCAUAAUAACUCUGAACAGGUCUUCUUCAUCUCUUCCUAUUACGUUUCCAUAUCAUUUCAGCCCUGCUUCCCUCACUUUCUCUACAAUGUUUACUACCCUUCUUAUUACGUUUCCAUACCAUCUUAGUCUAGCUUUUCUCGUCAUCUUUCCAAUAUUUACCACCCUACGUCUUCCUAUCUUUCCAUCCCAUAAUAACUCUGAACAGUUCUCCUUCAUCUCUUCUUAUUACGUUUCCAUAUAAUUUCAGCCCUGCCUCCCUCACUUUCUCUACAAUGUUUACUACCCUUCUUAUUACGUGUCCAUACCAUCUUAGCCUUGCUUUUCUCGUCACCUUUCCAAUGUUUACCACCCCACAUCUUCUUGUGAUCUCUUCAUUCCAUAAUGUUUCUGGCCGGUUCUCCUUCAUAUCUUAUUACGUUUCCAUCUCAAUUCAGCCUUGCUUGCCUCACCCUAUCUAUAAUAUUUAUCCCUCCAGAUCUUCUUCUUAUCUCUCCAUUCCAUUAUUAAUUUUUCGUUCACAUAUCAUCUCAACCUUGCUUCUCUCACCUUCUCUGCAAUGUCUACCACUACACAUUUUCUUAAAUUCUCCGAAUUAGGAUUGUGAAAAUAAGUUUGACCGCGUUGCAUUACCCCUGACCUUACAUUAAUCUAAUUUCCCCUUAGCCAUUGCGUGGGACCCGAACCAGGAGAGAAUAGCAUUGUGCAUUGGAAACAAUAAACUUUAUUUUUGGUCGGUCGCUGGUUGUGUCACUGUUGAAGUUCCUACCGAAAGCGAGGGUUGGUAUUUUGGGGCAAUUUAUGAUUAAUUUUUUAAUUAUUUAUUUACCUUUAUUGCACGUACAGUACAUAGAUAUCAUAUAUAAACUAGAUAGCGCAUCUCUUUUAGUAAAAUUGAAGCCAAGAAUAUUCCAGCGGUUACCCCCAUUUCAAUAGAUGGCGGCCAUGUUGGAGUUUCCCACUUGCUAAUAAACGCUUCAAAAACAACAAUAACUUUCAUCAUUUGAAUAGUUUUAAAAUGUAUUUGGAAUAGGUUUAACUUAAUGUUUAAGUUCCCUGUUUAAAAAAUAGAAAACAUACGAGUCUCCUCAUUUCAUGGGAAUAUCCUGAGUCUGCAAUCACGGCUUCAAUUUUCGAAUUGCAGAAUAAUUAGAUGCACUAUCUAGUGUAUAUAUAAGAUAUCUAUGGUACAGUAUCACUAAAGUCGUAACGAGCUUUCUAGCCCUAAUUUAGAUAUCUCAUUUCUUGUUGAAAUUAAAUGAAACUAAAGCUAUUUAUACUGGAUAGCUCUAUCAUUUCUAAACUGUUCUCUCUAAUUUUCCGGUAAGAGUAAUUCCAUUUUCCUUGUCCAAAACCUGGUGUGACUAGAUUUGGAACAAGGCUCCUUGACAAGGAAAAACUGUCAAUUUUUUGCCCUGUGUUGUACGUCUGUAUGGGACUUAAGCCAUGCAGUAAGUCGGGCGUUUUCUUUUCUUGCAGGAACAUUUCAAGUGAACUCUCUUCACUGGCAUCCAGAUGGUGACAAUAUACUACUGCUAUCUAAAGACAGAAUGUGCUUGUGUUUCCUAACACCUUCCGACACCUAGCCUGAGUGGCUCUUGGGACAAGUGGCAGUUGUGUUCAAUCUUGUAUCAAUAGACAAUAUCUAAUAGCUUAUGUUGUGUUAAUACCAUUGCAAAUGCAAUGUUAGGAAAGACAGAAGAGUAUACAUGGCUGCAUGAUUUAUAUUUCCAACGUUUGUAGCAUAGAAAUGAUAGUUUAAAUAUAUAGUUUAUAAUUAUAGUAUCUCAAAGACUCAAAUAUAUAGUAUAUCUCAAACGUGGUGGACUAGGAUAAGAAGUAUUGUAGGCUGCCAUGGUUUGUGUCUGAACCACACACGCACAAGUUGUAACAAACCCGCAGCAGACUUGUAGCAAUGCUAUUCCAACAACUUGUCAACAGGAUGAAGGUCCUUCGUCGUUAGGAGGUCAAUUGAGUCUGGACAAAGGGCCUUCACUCCAAGCAUGUGAGUGUUUAUUUUUUCAUGUAGUUCAAACACAAACUAUAUAUACAGCUUCUUGUAAUGAUAUAUACUUGUCAGGUUCCUGCUUUAACAACAAGAUUGUGA